AUGCUCAUCAGACAGCAGUGUGUCCGAGGCGGGCCCCAGGGCUUUAGCUGUGGCUCAGCCAUCGUAGGUGGAGGCAAGAAGGCUGCUUUCAACUCGAUCUCCAUGUCUGGGGGCACAGGCUGCUACUCCUCUGGGGGCUUCAGUAGCAGAAGUCUCUGCAACCUCGGGGGAAACAAGAGCAUCUCCAUCGGCACGGCUGGGUGCUGGCGAGGCGCUGGGUUUGGGGCUGCUGGAGGUUUGGGGGCUGGCUGCUUUGGCCUUGGAUUUGGGGGCUCCUUUGGUGGACGGGGUGGUGCUGGCUUCCCUGUGUGCCCUGCUGGAGGGAUUCAGGAGGUCACCGUCAAUCAGAGCUUGCUGACGCCCCUCCACAUGGAGAUUGACCCUGAGAUCCAGAAGGUCCGGACCGAGGAGCGGGAGCAGAUCAAGACCCUCAACGACAAGUUCGCCUCCUUCAUUGACAAGGUGCGGUUCUUAGAGCAGCAGAACAAGGUUCUAGAGACCAAGUGGAGCCUCCUUCAGCAGCAGACGACAACCACAUCCAGCAAAAAACUUGAUCCCUUCUUUGAGGCCUACCUCAGUGCCCUGAGGAAGCAGGUGGAUACCUUGACCAACAACAAAGGACGCCUGCAGUCUGAGCUGAAGAUCAUGCAGGACAGCGUGGAGGACUUCAAGGCCAAGUAUGAAGAUGAGAUCAACAAACGUACAGCUGCUGAAAAUGACUUUGUGGUCUUAAAGAAGGACGUGGACGCCACCUACAUGAACAAGGCGGAGUUGGAGGCCAAAGUGGAGGCCCGUAAUGAUGAGAUCAACUUCCUGAGGGUCCUCUAUGCUGCGGAGCUGUCCCAGAUGCAGACCCACGUCAGUGACACGUCUGUGGUCCUGUCCAUGGACAAUAACCGCAACCUGGACCUGGACAGCAUCAUCACUGAGGUCCGUGCCCAGUACGAGGACAUUGCCCAGAGGAGCAAGGCCGAGGUCGAGGCCUUGUACCAGACCAAGGUCCAGCAGCUCCAGGCCUCAGUCGAACAACAUGGUGACAGCCUGAAGAGCACCAAGAAUGAGAUUUCAGAGCUUAACAGGUUGAUCCAGAGGCUGCAGGCUGAGAUCGAGAAUGUCAAGAAGCAAUGCCAGACUCUGCAGGCAUCCGUGGCUGAUGCAGAGCAGCGUGGGGAGGGGGCCCUGAAAGAUGCCUACAGCAAGCGCACAGAGCUGGAGGUCGCCCUGCAGAAGGCCAAGGAGGAGCUGGCCCGGAUGCUGCAAGAGUACCAAGAGCUCAUGAGUGUGAAGCUGGCCUUAGACCUUGAGAUCGCCACCUACCGCAAGCUGCUGGAGGGCGAGGAGUGCCGAAUGUCUGGAGAAUGCCAGAGUGCCGUGAGCAUCUCUGUAGUUGGGGGUGCUGCCAGCGCAGGAGGCAUUGGUGGAGGGUUAGGAAGCUGCUCCGGAUUUGGCCUGGGUUCUGGCUCCGGAAGUGGUUUUGGGUUUGGUGGUGGUGUUGGUGUCGGCGGCAGUUCCAGCAGCAAGAUCACGUCUACCACCACCCUGGCCAAGAGAUCCCACCGAUAG